AUGGUCCCUGACCUUGAGGAGCCCGGCAAGUUCGCAGUGAUGCCUACCUUCCUUAGAAACGUCCUGCAGCUAUCGCUGCUUCGGUUCUUCUUCACAGAUCACUGGGUUGUGGCUGUUGGUCCAUCAAGGAAUAAGACAUUGGCAUACGAGUGGGCGAUCGUCAGUGCCGGGCCUCCAAAGACACCUGGGAUCGAUGGCUGCCGCACAGAGAUCUCUUUUCUGGGGCUUUUUAAUGUGCACGAGGGUGGGCUGUGGCUUCUAACACGAAAGCCAGUGGAUCCAACCUCCACCAGCAUCAUGCAGAACGUGGCCGAAUCUCUGGGCUUCGACACAUCAGUGCUGAGGAAAGUCAAGCAAAAGAAAUGCAAGUACAAGGGAGCGCCUUGA